AUGCAAGAAACGUCAGACAGGUCACGGCAAGCCGAGCACCGGUCCGGGGCGUCACACGACCCGAGGAGGGAGCCUCAUGCACACACAGGGAGAGCCCUCCACGGGGCGUUGACGACAGCUGAGGGAAGGGGGCGCGAACGCCACCUGCACAGCAAGCGCAGCCAGGCUAGCGAGAUGGCCAACCCACGACGCCGAUCCCAAGAAGUGACGGGACUCGACGAAACACCGCGAAAGCCGGCUGAGGGAAGGCGGCGCGAACGCGACCUGCACAGCAAGCGCGGCCAAGCUAGCGAGAUAGCCAGCCCACGACACCGAUCGCAAGAAGCGACGGGACACGACGAAACACCGCGAAAGCAAGCUGAGAGAAGGCGGCGAGAACGCGACCUGCACAGCAAGCGCCGCCAGGCUAGCGAGAUAGCCAAUCCACGACACCGAUCGCAAGAAGCGACGGGACACGACGAAACACCGCGAAGCAAGCUGAGGGAAGGCGACGAGAACGCGACCUGCACAGCAAGCGCGGCCAGGCUAGCGAGAUAG